AUUGGUUCUUAAUGGAACCAUCAACUGCACAACACACACACAUACAAAAGAAUGCUCAUACUUAUUUGUUAUUUAUUGCUGUGAAGAAAAACAAAUUGGUUUCCCUUAUUUUUGCUUGUAUAAAGAAUGGAUAGGAUAACAAACAAUUCAUGCGUUUUUCUUUCUGUUCUAGUUUUUGGUUUUGUCAUGUGCAGUAAACCACAUCAUACAAUUGCUGCAGGUGAUACAAUAUCGUCUGGUGAUUCUUUAACUGGAGAUCAAACUAUUAGGUCAAGGGGUGAUAUAUUUGUAUUGGGUUUCUUCAAACCUAGUAAUACGUCUAAGAAUUACUAUAUAGGCAUUUGGUACAAAAAAGUCUCUGUUCAAACUGUUGUUUGGGUUGCUAACAGAGAUGCACCUAUUACUGAUCCAUCUACUUCAAUGUUAACACUUUCAGAUGGAAACUUAGGUUUAUUCUCCAAAGAAAAUGAAACACCAAUUUGGUCUACUAAUUUAUCUUCAAAUACUCUGAAUACAACUCAAUUAGUUCUUGGUGAUGAUGGAAAUCUUGUUUUACGAGAUAGUUCUAAUCCACAUGUUUUCUAUUGGCGGAGUUUUGAUCAUCCAACUGAUACUUUCUUACCUGGUGCAAAAUUUUGGUUCAAUAAGAAAACUAAGCAAAGUCAGAAACUUACUUCAUGGAGAGGUCCAGAAGAUCCAUCCACAGGACUUUAUAGCGUACGACCAGAAUCAACUGGAAAAAACCAGUAUAUUUUAUAUAGGAACAACUCCGAACAGAUUUGGGACAGUGGAGAAUGGAUUGAAGAAACAAAAACUUUUCUUAAUUCGCCUGAGAUGAGAUAUAAUAACCUUUUCAAAUAUAGUUGCUUUUCCAAUGUGAAUGAAAGUUAUUUUGCUUAUUCAGUUUACAAUAAUUCUAUUAUUUCUAGAAUGGUUGUAGUGUUUACUGGCCAAUUCCAAAUAUUUACAUGGUCAGAAACAAGGGAAAAGUGGAAUAUGAUGUGGUCUCAACCCGUCUCUACAGCUGAAGGCACAAAGAGGAAGGAGAUAAAUUGGAAGAGGAAGGCGAUAAAUUGGAAGAUCGUCUUGCCUAUUUUGAUUCUGGUGGUAACAAUCAUGGGCUUCUUAGUUUACAUUUAUGUAAUUAAGAGAAAUAAAGCUAACAAAAGAGGGUUCAAAGGGGUGUUGACUGACUCGUUCAAAUCAAAGGCUGCCAACAAUAACACUCGCACAAACAUGUUUGAUGACGAUAAAACAGAAGGAGAAGCACAAGAAUUGCAAAUGUUUAACUUUGCUUGUUUAUCCGAUGCUACAAACAACUUCUGCUUGGAAAAUAAGUUGGGGGAAGGAGGUUUUGGUCCAGUUUAUAAGGGUACACUUACAGAUGGACAAGAAAUAGCUGUGAAGAGGUUGUCUGAAAAUUCAGGUCAAGGUGAUGAGGAAUUUAAGAAUGAAGUUGCAUUAUUAAUCAAACUGCAACAUAAAAAUCUCGUUAGACUAUUCGGUUUUUGCUUACAUGGAAAUGAAAAGCUACUCGUUUAUGAGUUCAUGAAACAUGGAAGCCUCGAUCAAUUCUUAUUCGAUCCAAUUAAGGGGACACAUUUAGACUGGGGAAGGCGACGCAUGAUUAUACGAGGUAUCGCCAAAGGACUUCAAUAUCUUCACGAGGACUCUCGACUUAACAUUAUUCAUCGAGAUCUCAAAGCUAGCAACGUUUUAUUAGGAGAAGAUAUGCUCCCCAAAAUUGCAGAUUUUGGGAUGGCUAGGAUUUUCAAGGUGAAUCAGUAUCAAGACAGUACAAGACGCAUUUGUGGAACUUUGGGAUAUAUGGCGCCUGAGUAUGCAAUGCUCGGUAAAUUCUCCAUAAAAUCAGACGCCUUUAGUUUCGGUAUCCUAAUUUUAGAGAUAAUAUGCGGAAAGAGGUGCAACUCUUUCGGAGAUGACGAACACCCAGAGAGUAUCUUAACCUAUGCUUGGAAGCUUUGGAAUGAAGGGAAAUAUCUAGAAUUGCUAGAUCCCACGUUGAGACAGAAUCAUUCAACAAGUGAAGUGAUGAGAUGUAUCGAAAUUGCAUUAUUAUGUGGUCAAGAAGAUGUAGCUGAAAGGCCAACAAUGGCAAGGAUUGUUCACAUUCUCAACAAAAACAAUCUUUUCACUCUUGCAGCACCUUUAACACUAUCAGCAUUUUCAUCGCGUAUUAACAAUCAAACAGAAAAUAACAUCCCUUCUCAAGAUGCCGUUAACAAUGCGAGCGUUAAUGAGAUUUCUAUGACCGAAUUCUACCCUCGGUGACACUGUAUUAUAGCUACACAUGGGAGGUCAAGGACAGAUGUUUAUUAUCUUAUUUUCCAAUGAAUGUAUCAUGCCAAUUUUAAUCGGCAACCUCAAAGGUUUACCACCAAAUGCUUGAAAAAGAAUAUUGCGACAUUUAUAAGGUUUCGUCUAUAUGUUUGAGGUAUUUGUGUAUCAAAUUAAUUUGUUGUUUCAAAAUUUGUGGUAUAAAUCAUAGGUAGGUGAUUUUAGUGAAGAAAAAGCUUGUUCCUUUUGAGUAUGAAUUCGCUCUUGAAUAUUAUAUGCAAGAGUUCUUUUUUCCUCAAUCCAUCUUGUAAGAUUACCUUGAUAUAAUAGACUCGGAAGGCUAUUG